AAGAGCUUUCCCGAGCUUGGAACUUCGUUAGCCGCGAUGAGUUUCCUGGCCGCUGCAUUCCUACUCCUGGUGUUCAGCGCAGCCGCUCAGGCCGAACCAGUGCAGUUCAAGGACUGCGGUUCUGUGGAUGGAGUUAUAAAGGAAGUGAAUGUGAGCCCAUGCCCCACUCAGCCCUGCCAACUGAGCAAAGGACAGUCGAACAGUGUCAAUGUCACCUUCACCAGCAAUAUUCAAUCUAAAAGCAGUAAGGCCGUGGUGCGUGGCAUCCUGACGGGCGUCCCAGUUCCCUUUCCCAUUCCUGAGUCUGAUGGCUGUAAGAGUGGCAUUAACUGCCCCAUCCAAAAAGACAAGACCUAUAGCUACCUGAAUAAACUACCAGUGAAAAGUGAAUAUCCCUCUAUAAAACUGGUGGUGGAGUGGCAACUUCAGGAUGAUAGAAACCAAAGUCUUUUCUGCUGGGAAAUCCCAGUACAAAUCGUUACUCAUCAAGUGCCUCAUUGAGUUCAGUGCAUCUGGCCAACGAGUCUGCUGACUCUUGACAGCACCUCCAGCUCUGCUGCUUCAACAACAGUGACUUGCUCUCCAGUGGUAUCCAGUGAUUCGUUGAAGAGGAGGUGCUCUGUGGGAGAAACUCAGCUCUGGAUGGCUGGUUGUCAGUGGCUGUCUUAUGUUUCUUUUUCUAUCUUGGGUCGUUUUCAUUAAAUGCAGCACUUGGUUAACAGAUGUUUAAUUUUUUUUUUUUUAACAUAUGCCCUCUUUCUACACCUGGAAGUGUACCCUUGAAUAAAUAAAGACUCAUUUGUCUUGU